AUGUUGCUGUCAGAUCGUGCCAUCCAUAUCCUCGGGGUUGGAAACCUCGGCAAAUAUGUCGCACACGCACUGGCAACACACUACCCAAGACUUCCCGUGACUUUGAUCUUCCGCAAAAAAGACUCCUACGACAAGUUCGUCGACGGCGGCAGGAAAAUCACAAAAUGGAUCGAUGAACACACCCAAGACUCCAAAUCCGGCUUCAGAGCCGAGUGGAUCGGACAGUCCAGGCCUGGCUCACCACACAUCAGCAAUCUGAUCGUCGCAACAAAGGGCCAGCAAACACUCACUCCUGUCGGCUUCCUUUCACCCCGUCUCGAUCGCAACUCGACUGUCUUGCUGCUGCAGAACGGCAUGGGUGUCAAGGAAGAACUCGACUCCCAGAUCCUCGCCUUCCGAUCCCCAGAGCACCGCCCCUCAUACUGGGCAGGCGUCUGCAGCACUGGCGUCUUUGGCCGCGGCGACCCUACCCGCCCAGUCUGCCCCUUCACCUUCCAAGUGGCUGGGUCCGGCCCGCUCAACAUCGGACCCUUCAGCGAGAGUCAGGAGAUAGAAAAGGAACAUCCCCUCCGUCGGGCCCUCGAGAAAUGUCACCCAACCCUUCGGACCGAGUUUCUGGACUAUGAAAAGAUCAAACUCGCCCGGCUGCGCAAGCUGGUCAUGAACGCUGUCAUCAACCCCCUGACGGUCGUACAUAGAUGCCCCAACGGUUGGCUUCGGAGUUUGGAAAGAUUCAGGGCUCUGCCGGACCAUCCAGUCACUGGCAUCACCGCCGAGUACAGGCCGUCUUCACUAGUGGCAGAAAUCGGCCCCAUUGUCCGUGCCGUGCUCGACCUACCCUCGGGAAACACAAAACUUGACGAGGCCUGGUCGGAUCUAGCCUUGCUCAGAGAGGCUCUUCUGCUGGCCGAUCGCACCGGUGAGAACCGGAGCUCCAUGUUGCAGGAUGUGGAGGGUGGCCGAGAGACUGAGAUUGACUACAUCUGCGGCUGGCUUAUCAAGAAGGCGAGGGAGUUGGGGCUGAAGUGCCCAAGGGGGACGCAAAAUCUGUAUCACUAUAUCAAGUUCCGCAAGUGGGAGAAUGGCGAGGAGUUGAGGAGGUUAGGGCCGUCACCACGUGGAGCAGCAUCUGUGGAAGAUAUGAAGGCGAUGGAUAAAUCCAUAGGAGAUAGGGACAUGGUGACGGUAGAAAAGCCUGAGUGGCUCAAAGCCAAGGUGACGGUAGAAACACCUGAGUGGCUCAAACCCAAGGCGGUGAGCAAAGGCGAUAAACCCUGGGGAAAGGCGCCAAAGAGGGUAAAUAAAUACAUGGCAAAGGCUCAAGGGCCUGGCAAAGGCAAGAGGUAA